AUGGCAGCCUCUGUUCCUCCAGACCUGGAAGCGCAGAAAAUCACCGAAUCCCAGGUCCCCGAGGAGCAGGUGGUUCGGCAAGAGAAGACGGUAGAUGAUGAGUUUAUCGUCAAAUGGGACGGCGAUGAUGACCCAGAAAAUCCUCAAAACUGGUCAACCUCAUUUAAAUCAUGGGUAACGGCUCAAUUGAGCAUGCUGGCCUUCACGGCCAGUCUCGCGUCCAGCAUCAUUUCGCCCGCUAACCCGACCAUUGCCGCAUAUGUCGGAGUGAGCGAGGAUGCGGUGGUCUUGAAUGUAUCACUAUACGUCAUUGGUUUUGCUUUGGGGCCGUUAGUAUGGGCACCAUGUUCGGAGAUUUGGGGACGGAGAGUGUCCAUCCUGCCGGCCAUGUUUUGUCUGGCGCUGUUUUCUAUUGGAACGGCGACAAGUCGGAAUGCAGCAUCCGUCUUCAUCACUCGUUUCUUCGGCGGUGUGUUUGGCUCGUCGGCUGUCAGUAACGUGAAUGCCGCCUUGGGAGAUAUCUGGUCACGAGAGGCCCGAGGCACCGCUGUUUCAUUAUACGCCAUUUGUGUCGUUGGAGGACCGACGUUGGGCCCGACGAUCGGGGCUGCAAUCCUGACCAAUCCACACCUGGGAUGGCGGUGGACGGAAUACAUCACAGCCAUCAUCAACUUCGCCGUCGUUGCGCUGACAUUCUUUUGCAUGCCGGAAAUGUACCCUCCGGUGGUGCUGAAGCGCAAAGCCCAAAGACUCCGCAAGGAAACCGGCAACGACAAACUCUACCAUCCUCAUGAACGCCUGAAGCUCGACCUCAAAUCGAUAGUGACCAAGCAGCUCUCGCGGCCACUGAAGAUGCUGUGCCUAGAACCCAUGGUGACCUGCAUCGCGUUCUACGCCAGUUUCGUCUACUCGAUCCUCUACCUUACGCUGGAGGUCUUCCCGAUCGUCUUUACCGAGGAAAGGAAGUACUCGCCUGUCGUGGCAUCACUGCCGUUCCUCGGCCUGUUCGUCGGCGUCCUGUGCGCGUUGUGCAUCAACCUGGGAAACCAACCCCGUUAUAUUCGUCAGUGUCGAGCCGCGAACGGGAGACCGGUCCCGGAAGCCCGCCUGCCCCCUUUGGCCAUAGGGGCCGUUUUGAUGGUGGUCGGGCUUUUCUGGUUCGGCUGGAGGGCUGCGCCGAGGUAUUCAUGGGUCCAUCCCUGUGUUGCCGCCGUGUUGAUUGGAGCCGGCUUCAACACGAUAUUCCAGCAAUGCAUCAACUAUCUUGUCGACGUUUACGGUCUUUACGCCGCCAGCGCGACAGCCGCAAAUACCUUCCUCCGCAGUCUGAUGGCCUUCGCCCUCCCGCUCGUUGCCAGGCCAAUGUUUCACGGUAUAGGUGUAGGUCCUGGCAUGUCUAUACUCGGCGGCGUGGCAGCGUUGAUGCUUCCUGUACCGUUUCUGCUGAUGAAGGUCAGCUUGCGACUGCGGAAGAAAUCAAAGUUUGCCCCUGUGCCGGAAGAUUAG